AUGACGGCUGUGGAAGCUGAGGCAAAUAAUCAGGUCAUUACUGUAUUUGGAAUGGAUUGGUUAGGGACAUUCUUCGUCACUAUCGAUUGUCACUGUCGGAGUGUGGUAUUUGAGAUACUGGAUCACCCAAGGUUUGAAUUCCUCAAUGGUAAUAUCUCGGCCGGACCUAUGAAGCACAAAGCUAGACCGAAGGAGGCGUCAUUUGCCGCCAUGCAGGUGGAACCCAAAAAGCCAAUUGUAGUUCAAGAAUUUGAAGAUGUAUUUCCCGAUGACAUUUACGGGUUGCCACUGGAUUGGGUGAUCGAGUUUUCCAUAGAAGUGAAGCUUGGUACUGCCCCGAUCUCUAAGACCCCUUAUCGUAUGCCUCCAGCUGAGUUGGCCAAGCUUCGGACUCAGUUGGAUGAUCUUAUGCAGAGAGGUUUGAUACGACCUAGUGUAUCGACCUGA